AUGGCGAGCUCCAAAUGGCAAGGCUCAGUAGAAACCAAUGUGAUGGCUCCGCUGGAGGGUGUGUGGAAGAUAGCUAGAGAGCAUUACGGGAUAGACAAGUGGUUUCCGGGCAUGAAAUCGUGUGAAAGAGUGGAAGGAGCGCCUUUACAGGGAGUGGGAUCUGUGCGCCGCUGUACAAUGCGCUUGCAACCCGAUGAGGAGGGCAGCGAUUCUUUUGCCGUAGAGGAGCUCAUCGCUCUGGACGAUACAAACCAUUCAUGGACUAUUCGUGUGAUGGACACAGACUUGCCGGGCUUUAUUGGGUACGAGGGUACCAUUCAUGUGUGUGAAGCAAAGGAAGAGGGCAACUGUUUGCUGAAAUGGUCUUUCAAGAUGAACCCCAUCGCUGGGAGUUCCAAAGAGGACAUUGAUGCCCUUUGGAGGUCUAUUGUCACUGGCAUGGCCAAGAAUCUGGAACAGCUCACUGCUUCGCAGUAA